AUGGGGACACCCAUGGAAACUCGAACUAAAAUCCAUGCAGAUUUAGAAGGAAAACCUUACAAUCAGAAACUUUAUCGCAGUAUGAUAGGAUCACUUAUGUAUCUAACUGCCAGUCGCCCGGAUAUUAUGUUUGCUACUUUCAUGUGCGCCAGAUUUCAAGCUAACCCUAUGGAAAGUCAUGCUAAAGCAGUUAAAAGAAUUUUUCGGUAUCUUAAGGGAACUAUGAAUCUUGGUUUAUGGUAUCCGAAAGAUACCGGUUUUGAACUAACUGCUUACUCAGAUGCAGACCAUGCAGGGUGUAAGUUAGAUCGCAAAAGCACUUCUGGUAGUGCACAGUUUCUUGGUGAUAAGUUGGUUGGUUGGUCCUCAAAGAAACAUACAUGUGUUUCCACUUCCACUGCUGAAUCUGAAUAUGUAGCAGCUGCUAGUUAUUGCUCUCAAGUUUCGUGGAUGAAGACUCAACUCUCUGACUAUGGUAUCAAGUAUGAUCAAAUUCCAAUCUACUGGGACUCCAAAAGUACAAUUGCAAUCUCUUGA